GAGGAGGCGCUCAUUAAGAAACGCCUCCUCACGCAGACCACCACCGCGAGACCCGGCGCUGACCCGCCCGUCAAGAAGCUUACCAAGAAGUACGUCGCCUACGUCAACGCGCUCGCCGAGGACGACGCGAACGGGGACGGCGCCGACGCCGAGCGUGCGAGGGAGGCUUGGCUCAAGGAGAUCGCGCUGUACGAGUUCAACAUGGGGCGAUACCGCGCGGUCGCGUCGGCGAACGCGCGGGAGAUGGAGCAGUACGCGAGCGCGAGCGCCGCGGUGGACGGCGAGGUGCGCGGCACCAAGGAUGAGAUCGCGGAGCUCAAGACGGACCUCGACGGCGCCCGGCUCGACCGACAGCACAAGGAGGAGUACGAGGCCCUGCGCCGGUUGUGCACGCAAUUCCCGAGCAGGUCGGACACCACCGCGCGGCUGGCGUCGCUCGAGGCGGAGAUCGCCGAGCUGGAGACGGAGUCGGAGGCGACGGCGUCCAAGCUCGAUCUUCGCAAGAAGCAAUUCGCGCUGCUCCUGCACCUGGUGAACGAGUUGCAAGGGGAGCUCGCGGAGGAG